UUGACACCACGGCGGUGGAAGGAGUGUGGUGGCUAAACUAAGCUAGCAGCGUAGCUACAUGUGGAGGGUAGAACGGGAGGCAACCCCGACCCAAACUCUGUCAAAAUUUCACCACCCAAACCUAUAACUACUCAGAACUUUAAUCACAUCGAAACUAAGGAAUAAAAGCAGUUUACAAUGAAAGGUAGCCGGAUCGAGCUGGGGGAUGUUACACCUCACAACAUUAAACAGCUGAAACGCCUCAACCAGGUCAUCUUCCCUGUAAGCUACAACGACAAGUUCUACAAAGACGUGCUGGAAGUAGGAGAGCUGGCCAAGCUAGCAUACUUCAAUGACAUUGCAGUGGGAGCCGUGUGCUGCAGAGUGGACCACUCUCAGAACCAGAAGAGACUGUACAUCAUGACACUUGGCUGCCUAGCACCUUACCGCAGGCUAGGCAUAGGAACAAAGAUGCUGAACCAUGUGCUGAACAUCUGCGAGAAGGAUGGCACGUUUGACAACAUUUAUCUUCACGUGCAGAUCAGCAACGAGUCAGCCAUCGAUUUCUAUCAGAAAUUUGGCUUUGAGAUCAUUGAAACGAAAAAGAACUACUACAAGAGGAUAGAGCCAGCAGACGCCCACGUCCUGCAGAAGUGCCUGCGUAGCCCUUGUGCGCCCCCUGGGGGAGAGCUGCAGAAGGCAGAGUAGGGGCACAGCCGCCGGAAAGAGCACGGUCGCCAGAAAGAGCAACGGUCGGGCCCAAAUCUCCUCCAAAAACGGAACUGUGACAGAUGCCACAGGGGUCGGCACAUUCACAACUUUUCUUCAAAAGACUUAAAAAAGAAAAACAAAUUUAAACGACAAAAAAAAAAAAAAACAUGAUGUUUAUUUAGCGAAAACAUUUCCCCAUAAUUUUGCAUUGUCUUCUAUUUCCCCUGUGUCUUUAUUUAGAGAUUUGAAAAUGACACAAUGUUCAGAAUUCAGAGGUGUUCCUGUAGAAGAAUCUGCAGACAUGGUGGUGGGUGGGGGGUAGGGGUCUGGGUUUUCAAAUCAUACUGUUUGAGUGUUUUGAGUUGUCUUAAAGCGGUUGUAAAGGUGAGAGAGAUAUCUUCUAUGUUUGGACAAAAAGCUCUUUUGGAAUGAAUCUGGAACAAAGUCUUGGCUGUUAGACUCACAAGCUGGCAACCUUGGAAUGAUGCUUCGAGUUCUCAUAGUGACAUGCGGAAUACUCAACUUCAUUCCCUCCUCACCUGUGCGCAGGGACUUACAGAACAAAUUCUACUGGUGGAUGAUACUUUUGGUUCUGCUUCAGGCAUUGGCAAUAUGCUAAGUGUGAUGCAAUGCCCCCCUUUCCCCUCAUGAUGUCAUCCUCUGACACCAGUCUAGAGGGGGAGUGGAGAACAGUGCCCUCAGCUCAGUGGACAUGGGAAACGUUGGAACGGUUUCAAGGUGAGCAGAAAUUUGGGGAGUGGUUUCCGAACGGUUUUGUUUCUGAACCCAUUAAUUUAAUGCCCCUAUAGUUUUGUUUAUUUUAUUUUAUAUGGAGAUGCCAAAUGGCUCGAGGCUUCUUCUGGGUGUGUUACAGGUCCUACAAGUCAGACCAUGGUCAUUUCCAGGUGGGCUGGUGCAACAGAAAUCACAUGUAGGGGACUGGCUAAGCUGUAACGACUGUUGACAUAAUACUUUUUUAAUAAGUGCCAGUAGGAUUGUAAAGUAACAGCCGCCUUUGCUUGUCUCUUUUUGUCUUAUUGGCUUACUGUGUAAAAGGGAUAGAGACACCUCUGCUCUAUUUGUGCAUGAGGGAAUUUGGGUGUCUGUUUGGAUGUGUCUGUUUAACUUUACAACUUAAGCGCCCAUUCAGAAUUCUCAUCCAGACCAGUCUGAUCCGUACACUGGAAAACUGCUAAUGUUUCUCAUUACCAUGUGAAGAUGUCAAUAGUUAGAAGGUGGUAGUUCAGUGUUAGAAGCUGAGUCCGGUCUUCAAACAGAACAUGACACCCAGGGGAAUCCUUGAUCCACUGCAUGCCAGGAGAGGGCCCUCUCCAUUAUAGAAUAAAAGCAUGUCCCCCCCCCCUUUCUUUUGAAGAAUUUUAUCUUUUCUGAAGCUCUAUAUUGUAAGACUUUUUAACCUCUAAUAAAAUAAUUACUAUUUGCA